GUGAGUAAGUAAGUAAAGCAAAGAGGCAGGCGUGUUUCAACAGAUGGCUCGGGCUGUCCUGAUUCAGUCAUUGCUGCUGGUUGAAUGAGCUCAGAGAGAGAGAAAGGGAGAGAGACAGAGAGAGAGAGAGAGAGAGAGAGAGUAAGCGGGAGUCCAGAGCAAUGAAACUGUAGAGAGGGACUUCUGCUUUUUCCUCCUCCCUCCCCCGCUCCCCCCUUUCUCACUUCUCUGUGUAUCUAUAUUUCUGCCGUUUCUCAAAAGUCUCAAGGCUUGCAGCGUGGUGGUCAGUCUCGUCUGUCAGGGAGCUAGUGAGAGGACACGGCAGGACAAGGCAGUGGUGAUGGGGCUGUGACCCCAAGAUUCCAAUCAGUGUCUGCCCAGGAGGACACCUGCUGUCUCUGACGAGCUCCAGAGGACCAUAGCUGCAAGAUCCUGGUCAGUAGUGCCUGAAAACAACAGAGACCCGAAGUAUUUGACGUCCUUUUCACAAGGAGCAGUGAGAGGGGGGUAGCCGCAGUGUGAGCCAGUCAAAGCAGGGUUCGGUGUGCCAUGGCGGGACAGGGGCUUUCCACGGGUCUCUUCCUGCUCCUGGGGGUCUUCUCUCUCGCCCACGGCUCCAUAUUCCUGUCCAACCAGCGCCUGAAGGCCCGCUUCCAGAGAGACCGCCGCAACAUCCGCCCAAACAUCAUCCUCAUCCUCACCGAUGACCAGGAUCUGGAGCUAGGAUCCAUGCAGGCCAUGAACAAGACACGGCGCAUCAUGGAGCAGGGUGGCACCCACUUCUCCAACGCCUUCGUGACCACGCCCAUGUGCUGUCCGUCGCGCUCCUCCAUGCUGACCGGGAAGUACGUGCACAACCACAACACCUACACCAACAACGAGAACUGCUCCUCGCCCUCCUGGCAGGCCCAGCACGAGCCCCGCACGUUCAGCGUCUACCUCAACAGCACCGGCUACCGCACAGCCUUCUUUGGGAAAUACCUAAAUGAGUAUAAUGGCUCAUACGUCCCUCCUGGCUGGAAGGAGUGGGUGGGACUGGUGAAGAACUCCCGCUUCUACAACUACACCCUGUGCAGGAACGGUGUCCGGGAGAAGCAUGGCUUUGAAUACCCUAAGGAUUACCUGACUGACAUAAUCACCAAUGACAGCAUCAGUUACUUUCGCACGUCAAAGAAGAUGUACCCUCACCGGCCAGUCAUGAUGGUUCUGAGCCAUGCUGCCCCCCAUGGACCGGAGGACUCAGCACCCCAGUACAGCAAUGCCUUUCCCAACGCCUCGCAGCACAUCACCCCCAGCUACAACUACGCCCCCAACCCAGACAAGCACUGGAUCAUGCGCUACACGGGCGCCAUGAAGCCCAUCCACAUGGAGUUCACCAACAUGCUGCAGAGGAAGAGGCUGCAGACGCUGCUGUCCGUGGAUGACUGUGUGGAGAGGGUCUACAACAUGCUGGUGGAGACCGGGGAGCUGGAGAACACGUACAUCAUCUACACAGCGGAUCACGGCUACCACAUUGGCCAGUUUGGCCUGGUCAAGGGGAAGUCCAUGCCCUACGAGUUCGACAUCCGCGUGCCGUUCUACAUUCGAGGCCCCAACGUAGAAGCAGGAACCAUCAACCCUCACAUCGUGCUGAAUAUUGACCUGGCGCCCACCAUUCUCGACAUUGCCGGCAUGGACAUCCCUCCUGACAUGGACGGCAAGUCUGUCCUCAAGCUGCUGGACACCGAGAGGCCGGUCAACAGAUUCCAGUUUAACAAGAAGGGAAAAGUGUGGAGAGACUCGUUCCUUGUAGAGAGGGGGAAGUUGCUGCAUAAGCGGGAUGAUGGGAAGGAUGUGGCCCAGGAGGAGAACUUCCUGCCCAAGUACCAGCGAGUGAAGGAUUUGUGCCAGCGCGCGGAGUACCAGACACCCUGUGAACAGCUGGGACAGAAGUGGCAGUGUGUGGAGGACCCCUCUGGGAAGCUGAGGCUCUAUAAGUGUAAGGGCAUGGCCAGUCUGUCUGCCCCGCGCAAGAAGGGCCCGUCCAGCGUCAAGCCGCCGUUCUACAGACGCAACUCGGACCCGGAUGGCUGCGACUGUGACUUCCCCACCUUCCGGAUGAGCCCCUUCAAGAAGAAGAAGCUGUUGUCCAAGAAGAAGCUGAAGAGCAGUAAGAACUACUCCCGAAACCGUUCAUCUCGCUCCGUUUCCAUGGAGAUGGAUGGGGAACUCUAUGCCGUGGACCUGGAGGACGGGUAUCAGCCUGUGGCCCCCAGGAACCAAAGCCAGACCAGUGAAAUAAUACUGAGGCGCAAGGAGGAGGAGGAGGAUGAGUUCAGUGGCAUGGGUGUGACUAUCGGCCCCAAAAGCAGCAACAGCCUCAUAGUACCCUCAUCCAUCAAGGUCACACACAGGUGCUCCAUAUUGUCAAAUGACACAGUCAAAUGUGACACGGGCCUGUACAAGUCACUGCAGGCAUGGAAGGACCACAAACUGCACAUUGACCAUGAGAUUGAAACAUUGCAGACAAAAAUAAAGAACCUGCGUGAGGUCAGAGGUCACCUAAAGAAGGCGCGGCCUGGGGAGUGUGACUGCAACAGAUACGUGUACCAGUCUAAACACAAGGGCAAGCUCAGGCAUAAAGGAGGCACUAUUCACCCAUUCAGGAAAAUGCAGGAUAAAGACAAAAAGCUGUGGAUUAUGAAAGAACAGAAGAGACGGAAGAAGUUACGCAAGCUUUUGAAACGACUGCGCAACAAUGACACCUGCAGCAUGCCCGGCCUCACCUGCUUCACCCACGACAACCAGCACUGGCAGACUGCCCCCUUCUGGACCAUGGGUCCAUUCUGUGCCUGCACCAGCGCCAAUAACAACACAUACUGGUGCAUGAGAACCAUCAACGAGACGCACAACUUCCUGUUCUGUGAAUUCGCCACAGGGUUCCUGGAGUACUUCGACCUCAACACUGACCCCUACCAGCUGAUCAAUGCAGUGAAUACACUGGACCGCCAUGUUCUCAACCAGCUGCAUGUUCAGCUGAUGGAACUGCGCAGCUGCAAGGGUCACAAGCAGUGUAAUCCCCGCACACGUAACCUUGAGAUCGAGGACAGAUUUGGGAAGGAUGGGAGGGCUAGGGCCCCAGAACCCCUCCACCUGGACCUUCCGGGGGAAACCAACUGGCUAGAACUUGAAACCUUGUACAGACUUGACGAGCACGCCUAUGAUCUCAAACUCAACUUCAACGUGAGCCUGGAGGACUGGACCAACUUUGGAGGGGCCGUGGACAGAAUGUUUGCACUGUUGGGCAAUUUCAACCAUGCCGACAGACACCUCCGCCCACACCAGGGAGUGCCGGGAGGGGAAGGAGCUGGGGGUCAGACGCUGGUGUCUUCCACCAGCCAAUCCGCUUCUGCCCUCUACCUGACCACCCUGGCCACGCCUGCCCUCCUGCUGCGGGAGGCCGGCGUGGAGACCCUGCGCACUGCCCUGGGGCUCAGCCAGGGGGCGCCCUCUCCCUCCUCUCCCGCUGCCCUUCCCGAGGAGGAGGGCGGAGCCAACUGGGCACAUUCCAUCUCCCUCCUCAAUGAACUGCUGGAGGACGGCCAGCUCAGCCUGGAGGAGGAGGAUGAGGAUGAGGAAGAGCCAGAGCCUCAGAGGGGGCAGCCAUCCCAUCGGAGGGCAAACAGCACCCCCUGUGACUGCACCAACUUUGUUCAAGAGGAAAUAUUUGAGGCUGCUAUCUGAACCAACCCCGCCUCCUCCUCCUUCUGGCUAAUUCAGCCCCAAAAACAGCAGAAGAAAUGCCAUGUUACAAAUGUGAUACUGUCAUGACAUCAAUUCCCUGAUUCCGCACCUUCAAAAUCCUUAUUACAAGACGCCGCUCCAAAAUGACCAGGCCCCAGAAUGACAGGACAGUUUCCUCUCCCAUAGCCCACACUGAGAAUUCCCACAGUUCCAGGGAAGCAGUCUGUUACUGCCUGUACCCCUCUGUAAACUGGAGAGAUGAGUGAGAGACUUCACCAGGAGAUCAUCUAGGCUUGAAAUGCGACACUUGUUAUUGUUAUGUAACAGACAUUUAGGGAGAUGGGGGGGAGGGAAAACAUGUUUUGUUAUGAUAUUUGUCAGAUUCCAUGGAAAGGUUUUUGUAUUGUGUUCAUACUUGAUUUUGCCUUUUUCUUUUAUCCUUGUGGUGACUCCCCCCACAGCCCAGUUGUGUACCUGGCACAUUGAUUUUACAGAUUUUGACGUCUGGCCUUCGACUUUGAAUUGAGACCAUGAAGCUAAAGCUAAACCACACCCAAGAACGGUAAAAUGUAUGUAGAAUGUAUGAGAUUGUAUUGAUGAAUCCCAAACCCUACGCCCUCUUCCAUGCCCCCUUGUGUAAAACACAACCAGGGCAGAGGAGAAAAUGGUGGUGCGUAUGAGCUGGGGUGGUUUUCAAUUUUUCACUCAAAGAUUAUUUUCUCAGUGCCAUCUCAGUGUUGCAGUUUACCUUUUAGAAACUAAUGCAUUUAAUUCUGGCAAAAGUACCUUGUUGAGGUGUAUUGUAUUUUUGUUAUUUGUUAAUUCCAUUCAUUUUUUUUCUGUCAAUUAAUCAAGUAAAAGUCCUCAUAUCAGCAUUUUCUGAAGAUAAGUUUUCCCAGAGAGGUACAUUUCUCAGUAAGCAGCAGCAAGUGGGAAGAUCGUACCGGAAGACCGUGUCUGUCUCCUUUUAACAGGGUGGGCUGGCGUACACCAAGAAACAAGCCCCAGAGAACCCAAGUUUAAUCAUGCUCGGUCUAGUCACUUCAUUCAUGAGCUCAUCCCCGCACACUGACAAUGCCAAAGGUCAAAGAGAAUGUCUGGAGGAGGCUGGUCAUGAUUCACAGAGGGUCCUUCCUCCUGAACUCCAUUUUGUGAUCCCCAGCCAAACAUCAGAGCUAGAAAAAAACGUAGCUCUGUCUGAUUUAUUCUGUCUGAGACACACAGGACAUCCUUGUUUUUAAUGGUCCAUUAUCAGAAAGAUUAUCUAUGUUUUCAUGGACCACACAUUGUAUUUCCAUUAGUGAAUUUCAUAUUAUUUGCAUCUUUUCCAUAGAAAAAAAGUUAAUUAAAAAUAAAAAAAGUGUGUUUAACAAAUGUCACAUUCUUUUUAACAUUAGAUUGCUGUUCCUGGUUAUUUGUUCUCGCUAUACAUGGUGCUAUGACAGUCUGAACAAAUAUAUUAAAUUGCUGUAUGUAUUUGAAUGUAUGUUUUGCAAUUCAUGUAAAUGUUAAAAUAUAUUUUAUAAUACACAAAAGAGGCUAAAUGACUUAUCCAACAAUGUGUUCUGUAUCAUGGAUAUUACAAAAUUUUUCAACUGUAGUAUUGCCUUAUGAUUUUUAUAGCUUCAUUUUUGGUCAUAAGGCACAUCCUAAAUGAACAGCUUUUUCUGUCAAAGGAACUCCCCCCACUGAAUGUUUUUACAACAUUGUGACAUGAACUACUAUGUCCCUAUAUUCCUUCAAAGAAAGAAAAUAUAGAGGAAGGAAGGAAUGCAGACUUUUCAUUAGCACUUUUAACAGGACUGCUGUAUGUGAAAAAAUAGGCAAUUUAAAUAACAAUGCCAUGUACAGUACAUAGAUUUAUCAUACAUAUAUUUUUGUUUCCUUUGGUUUACCAGUGAACAUUUGAUAGCAGUUAUUAGUUUGUGAAUAAAGUGUUGAAUGCC